UUCCCUCCUUUAUGGUAGCUACUGCAGUCCCUUGUCCUUGCUGCUGGAACAGCUCUUCAAGCAGUGAAAUGACGUCUGUACCUCUCCUUUGCCAUGUGAUCACUUUUGGUGGGAUCCCAAGGAUGAUGGGUGUUAGGUUUUCGAAAUUCAGUGGUCUUUGGUUGCCCUUGACUGUAGUCACCAUUUGGUUCCCAGUUGCCUCUGUUAGUAACCUGCCGGGCCUGGGGGCUGCUUGGGCUGCCUUUCCUGACAUCAUUUUACAGCCAGAUGUGUGCAACUUCCAGCCAGCUCAUCCCCCAGGCGCUGCUCCUUGGCCAUGGCAAGUAGCUCCUCAUACACCUCCCGGCUUCCUGUUGCCACAGGCCCUUUGGGUUCUGAUUUCAUUUCCUCUGGUUUAAUCAAGUAAACCUUUGGUGUGAAAAUAGAGGAGGAGGGCACAUUGGGGUUCACCCUCUGUCCAGCAAACAGAGCCUGUCUUCUUUCAGCUCAGUGGGUCCGUGUCAGCCCACAGUCCCACCAGUGGUCCAGUGGGAAUAAAGCCUGCUCUGUCCUAACUGUGGAACAGGGUUGAUCCUAGGCAUAUUGGCUGGCUCCUUUAAGACCAGCCUUUGAUACAGUGUCAGGAAAAUUGUGGUUUCAAGUUCAAACUGUGGUUUUGAGAGAUUCUAGCUUAAAAGGAAAAGGGCAAGGAAGCAUCUCUGCUUUGGGGGUCUUCUGGAGUAGGUCUCCUUCCGUGGAGGUGUUCUUGGUGUUUCAUGACUGUUCUCUUUCCCUGACUCUCCUGGGAUUUCUGAGGGUAGGGGAUAAGGGUCUUAAGGGAAAAAAUAAUCAGCGUCUCUCAAAAACCACAGUUUGAACUUGAAACUCAACACUGUGAUUUGAAUUCUUCAAGUCAUGGUUUGAAUUGAAAAGGCCUGCCCCCAUGCCAGAGACCAGCUUUAAUGAGGCCGGCAAGCAACGGUCUCCAGAUGGUGAUUAUUUAAAAAAUUUAAUCCUAGAUGAGAGGAUUGACUCUAAGGUGCAAAGGUCAGAAAGAGAAUGGGGUGGGAUGAUUAUUCUGGUGCUUUUUAGUGGUCUGACCUGCAGCCACGGAGACCUGCUACGUGGAGUAGAAGGUUAUUACUUCAGAGGCUUCAGUCUCGACUUUGGAAGUUGGGGCGUCCCGGCAGGUUUUGUUUUCCUACAGUCUUGGGUAUGUUCAGGAUUGAGUUCUAGCAAGCCUUUGGACACUGACAUUGUGCUGCCACACUCCCACACCCCCUCUUAAAAACCAUUAAUCCCCUCUCCAGGGGUGAAAGGUUGCCUUGGAGCUCUGCUACAGCCAGCUGGAGUGGCUCCUUGCCAUGUAGGCGCUGACGAGCUCGCCUCACUCCAGGCCUCUGCACGAAGGGACCUUUGGGAGAAUAAUAGAAACACUGACUCAUCCCAUGACCGUUUGGAAGGGUCACAAGCCAACGGCCUUCUUUCCGCAGCCAACAACAACUCGGAUCCUCCGCCCUCCGUGGAGGGUCCCUUUUGUUACUGAGGAGCCACAAGCCACAGAAGUGGGGAGGAAACACUGAGACACUGUACAAGGGAUGUGCCCAAACCAGUUGUUGAAGAGGAGCAACAUUAGGUUAGGGGUCCAAACUUGGAGAAGCCUUGGGGUCAAACAAACCAUAAGAUAAGAGAGAGCAAAUAGCAAAAGCCAAACUAAAGAAGCAAACUUGCUAUGAGGGGCAAGGUGAAUGCCCUAAGGUCAAAGAAUGUGAGGAAAGGAAAGAAAUGCCAGGGGCCUCCGAGAAACUUGUUUCUUUAGAAAUUCAGUAGGAAUGUACUGCAUGUUAAAUACUACCCUCCUCCUGAGGGUGGAUGAGGCUUUUCUUUCAGCACAAAGUUGCGCCUCAGCCAUUCCUGCUGCUCACUGACCAACAUGGCGCAAACCCUGCCAGAGUUACAGGGGCGAGAUGGAGGGUUGGGGCUCCAUAAAGCAGUAGAGUCCGAGGUGUGCUGGAGUGUGGGAGAAGGUGGCACGAGGUGUGGCAGGUGUGUAAAAGGAAACCUCUGUGUAAAUGUGUUGAGAAUUUGUGGGCGGCGUCCAGGGCCGGGAAGAAGGAGCACCUACUUGACAUGGAGUGGUGGUCCUGGGAGGAACCAUAAGGGCAGCGGUGCUACAGAUUUUGUAGGCUCAUGUGAAGGAAGGGCUUUAUGUUUAUCCCUAUUUUUGAAUAAUUUAGGACUAGAUUUCCCACUACGUGGACAUUGAAGCGCUUUGUAAGUAACGGUGAGGGGGAGAAAGAAAGUGCACCUUUGGAUGUUUGCGGCAAAAAGGAAAGAUGUCCUAGGAGUCUGAGGGUCCUUAGGACUCAGAAUGGCCAUUCAUCCUAUGAUACAGAAUAUUUUGGUAACCUACUUGCUGAGAAUUUGUUGCUUAGCUUAGAAGAUGGAUCAAAACUAACAACGUGAGAUGAAUUUUUGAACAUCUGCAAAAACUCAGCCACACAGGUUCAGAUAAGGAGAUGAGCUUAGCAGCUUGUGUUUUAAUAACAUAAAAACAUGAUUAACAAAAUACACUUGAAGUUUUCCUUUCCUGUAAACUCUGUGUUAUGAACUAACAGCAUCAUGGGGUUGCCCCAAAAGCCAAGUAAUAUUCGGCUGUGUUAAUAAAAGUAUGAUGUCUGGAAGGAAGGAGGCAAGAGUGGCCCAGGCCACUCUUGGCACACCAUGUUCAUUUGUGGCCACCAGUGUUAAGGACCUCAGUGACAGGCUGGGUAGCCAGUGGGAGGGCAGCUGUGGAGGCAGAACCAAGAGAACGGGUUAUUUAGCUGGGAGGUAAAUAUACUUCCUAACAAAUGUAGUUAUUCAAAGCUGGAGUGGGUAGUGAGUUCCUUAUCCCUGGAGUGUAGAAUUUGGUCAUCCAUUCAGCUUCCUCCCAGCUGGAUGAUCCUGAUUUCCAUCCACCACCUGCUUACGACUCUCCUGCCUACCAGUCUCAGACUGUGGCCUGGGGCAGCUGCAGAAAGGGGCCCAGAGAAGCUCGUGGGUUCAAGACCAGCUAGUACCCCCUGACCAGGGAGCACGUGACCCGCGCACCCAGGGUUAGGGUGCAGAUCUGCUGGCAGGCUGGGGGCCGGCCUAGAAAUGCCCAGUAGAGAAACGGCCCAGCGUCCCACCUUCUCGUGACAACACAGGCAUCUCGGGCUCCACUGAGACCAGCAAUGCCCGGGGCGCGCAGCCUCCAGCGCCAGCCUUCUUCCCCAAGUCUCUUUCCUCCCCGGGCCUCAGUCUGACGCCCACAGCCCUUCGCAGGAAGCCGACUCCCAAACCCCGGCAGGGGGUGUGGGCCGAGGGCGAAACCCCGCCCCUAGGGGUCCCUGAUCUUUGCCCCCGCCCCGGGCUCCGCGCCUCCCCAAGAGGCCAUCGGCGCGCGGGCGGCGCUGCCUUUUGUGCGUUGGCUUUGAGGUGCCAGAGACCACCCCCCAGCCGUCCGCCGCGUCCCGUCGCGGCCCCCGGCCCCUCCUCUCCGCGUCCCCAGCCCCCCUGCUCGGCUCCGCGUGCCAGCUCGGGGCUCGCUGGUUCGCUCCCCGCGGCGCCAGGAGGAGGGGCGAGGGGCCGCAGCCCCCUCCCCCGCGCGCGGCGCCGGAGCCCAGCUGAGCCGGGGGGACCCGCCGCCGCCGGUCAUGUGGGCCGGACUGCUCCUCCGGGCUGCCUGCGUCGCGCUCCUGCUGCCGGGGGCCCUGGCCCGAGGCUACACCGGGAGAAAGCCGCCCGGGCACUUCGCGGCCGAGAGACGCCGGCUGGGCCCCCACGUCUGCCUCUCGGGGUUCGGGACUGGCUGCUGCCCUGGCUGGGCACCCUCCAUGGGCAGUGGGCACUGCACCCUUCCCCUCUGCUCCUUUGGCUGCGGGAGUGGCAUCUGCAUUGCUCCCAACGUCUGCUCCUGCCAGGAUGGAGAGCAAGGGGCCACCUGUCCAGAAGCCCUCGGACCCUGCGGGGAGUACGGCUGUGAUCUUACCUGUAACCACGGCGGCUGUCAGGAGGUGGCCCGAGUGUGCCCGGUGGGCUUCUCGAUGACAGAGACAGCUGUCGGCAUCAGGUGUACCGACAUCGACGAAUGUUUAAGCUCCUCUUGCGAGGGCCACUGCGUGAACACAGAAGGCGGGUUUGUGUGCGAGUGUGGGCCGGGCAUGCAGCUGUCUGCCGACCGCCACAGCUGCCAAGACACUGACGAAUGCCUCGGGACUCCCUGUCAGCAGAGAUGUAAAAACAGCAUCGGCAGCUACAGGUGUUCCUGUAGAACAGGCUUCCAUCUGCACGGCAACCGGCACUCCUGUGUAGAUGUAAACGAGUGUCGGAGGCCACUGGAGAGGCGAGUCUGUCACCAUUCCUGCCAUAACACCGUGGGCAGCUUCCUGUGCACAUGCCGACCCGGCUUCAGGCUCCGAGCUGACCGCGUGUCCUGUGAAGCUUUCCCGAAAGCAGUGCUGGCCCCGUCCGCCAUCCUGCAGCCCCUGCAGUACCCGCCCGAGAUGCUCCUGCUGCUUCCAGAGGCCGGCCGGCCUGCCCUCUCCCCAGGACACAGCCCUCCUUCCAGGGCUCCAGGGCCCCCAGGCGGAGUCAGGACCAUCCGCCCGCCCUCUCCCACCCCUGCAUCACCCACAUCCUCUCCUUCCGCCCCGACGGGGCUGCUGUCCACCCCAGUGCCUAGUGCCUCCCGGAUGGGGACCCUCAGACCUCCCUCACAACUCCAGGAGAAGGCAGUGGUGACCCCUUCCUUGCCCAGGGGCCCCGUGGCCACGCGGCUGGCACCAGGGCCCUCUGCCUGCUGGCACCUGGGAGCCAUGUAUGAGUCAGGGAGCCGCUGGACAGAGCCUGGGUGUUCCCAGUGCUGGUGUGAGGACGGGGAGGUGACUUGUGAAAGGGUGACCUGUGAAGCUGCUUGUUCCCACCCGAUUCCCUCCGGAGAUGGAGGGUGCUGCCCAUCAUGUACAGGCUGUUUUCACAGUGGUGUCAUCCGAGCCGAAGGGGACGUGUUUUCACCUCCCAACGAGAACUGCACCGUCUGUGUCUGCCUGGCUGGAAAUGUGUCCUGCAUCUCCCCCGAGUGUCCUCCUGGCCCCUGUCAGUCCUCCCCGAGGUCAGAUUGCUGUACUUGUGUUCCAGUGAGGUGCUAUUUCCAUGGCCGGUGGUAUGCGGACGGGGCUGUGUUCAGUGGGGGUGGUGACGAGUGUACCACCUGCGUCUGCCAGAAUGGGGAGGUAGAAUGUUCCUUCACGCCGUGUCCAGAACUGGAUUGCCCCCGCGAGGAGUGGUGGCUGGGCCCUGGACAGUGCUGCUUCAGCUGCAGGGAGCCCACGCCCAUGACAGGCUGCUCUCUUGACGACAACGGGGUCGAGUUUCCCAUUGGACAGAUCUGGUCUCCUGGUGAUCCCUGUGAGUUAUGCAUCUGCCAGGCAGAUGGCUCAGUGAGCUGCAAGAGGACAGACUGUGUGGACUCCUGCCCUCACCCGAUUCGGAUCCCUGGACAGUGCUGCCCAGACUGUUCGGCAGGCUGCACCUACACAGGCAGAAUCUUCUACAACAACCAGACCUUCCCAUCUGUGCUGGACCCGUGUCUGAGCUGCAUCUGCCUGCUGGGCUCAGUGGCCUGCUCGCCCGUCGACUGCCCCGUCACCUGUACCUACCCUUUCCACCCUGAUGGCGAGUGCUGCCCGGUGUGCCGAGACUGCAACUACGAGGGAAGGAAGGUGGUGAACGGCCAGGUGUUCACCUUGGACGAUGAGCCCUGUACUGUGUGCACGUGCCAGAUGGGAGAGGUGACCUGUGAGAGGAUCCCCUGCCAGCCGGCCUGCUCUGACCCCUCCGUGGCCCCCGGGGACUGCUGCUCCACCUGCUCAGGUUCCUUGGAAGAAAGGAGGGGGCUCUCCCCUCGUGGAGACGUGGAAUUCAGCAAAGCAUCUCGGAGCCCCCGUGGAGACACUGGGGCCCCCGUCAACUGUAGCUCCUGCCCGGGGCCCCCAGCAGUGUUGCCUCGGAGGCCAGCACUCCAUCUCCUCCAGCUCCUCUUAGGAACGAACCUGUCUACCACACAGACUUUACCCAUGAGCCCCUCAGGAGCCCAGGCCUCACCCUCACUCCCUUCGGGGCUGGGGGGCAUGUUCCCAGGGGAGCCUGGGGCCUCCCAGCCCUCUCGGCCCUCCUCAGGGCCUUUGAUCCCUCCAGGAGCCUCUGCUCUACCUCCAGCCUCUCCCAGGGCUCCUGGGGCACCUCCUGUUACACCAGAGCCCUUGGCCGCAGCGUCCGGGGCCCACACAGCAUCAAGACGGCCUUCUCUGCCUGCUGCUGUCCGGACUGAAGCUUCAGCCCUGUCCGUCAUGGGCACCAGCCCCUCAGAGACCUCUGCCACCCUCCUCAGGCCUCGCAGACUCUCUCCCACCACCUCCAGACUCUCUGCAGCCCUGGUGGACACCACGAGCCCCGGUCCCCGGCAGCCCACAAUGGGGACUUCAAGCAAGGAGGAGUCCACUGGGUAGCAGGCCUCCACUUCAGGGCCUUGCCCCAGAGACGCCGGACAGGGGAAACUCUGCCAGCGGCCCUGGGAGCUUGCAGGGGACCAGCGAGGCUGCCGAUGCCCAAGGCUCACUCCCUGAGGGCUCCUGGACGGGAUGGAAAAUCCCCAGGGCCAAAUGUAGCCUUGUUCUCAAGAAGCAUUUGGAAUGUGCUGUGAGAACGGAGCAAGUACAUUCUCCACGGACAGCAUCCUCCCUGGACUGCGUGGUCAGCUUGUCUCUUGAGAAACAUUGGUCUGCUGAGCUUCCUCUCUGGAGGAGGAGAGCAGAGAGACCCUGGGAUUCCACCAGGAUUGUGCCACCAGCAGACAUGUGUCCUUCCCUGAUGUUUCCUGAUUAAAGGCUGUCUCAGUCCCCCAGGCUGCCAGCUCACUCACUUCUCGCCUUUGGAAAGGUGGGAGAACUUCACUCUGAGCCCACAGGGGGUAAACCGGCGCCCACCUCAACCCCUAGCUUGGAGCAAAGCCUACACCAACAGGCUGCGUGGGGAAAGGUCUUGUGUUAGCGCUUGGUGGCCUUUGACACUGGGGGACUUCCAAGUGAGAAAGGAAAAGACCCAUGGAGAGGACUCUGCAGGUUGGGUUGCCAGGGAGGGAACCUCUGAGAUGAAACAGCAGGCAGGCAGCUUCUUAGGGCCUGUACUCAGCAUCAGCACCUGUGGGCCAGAGGGAGGGAAGCAGGAGGGAGAAGUCGGGCUGCCCUACAGUCCCAAGGCCUCAGCCAAGCCCUGUGGGAACUCUGGGGCUAGGAUGGCCCUUCAGAGUUGUCCUGAGUUGGGGCAAGGGGGUGGAGCUUUGUGCCCUCAUGUUGACCAGUCAUUCUGUCUGGGCCGCCCCAGAUAAGGGGCGUGACCUUGGGCAAGGCAGCUCCUUUCAGCCAAGGCCAUUCCUUCUGAGGGCUGAUGGCCAAGAGCUGUCAGCCAACAGCCUUCCAGCAGUUGGGGAAUAAAUCUGUCAGUCCUGAAGGGGGAUCUGGGUGGUGCAGCCCAGUUUGCAUGACACAUGGAAAGAGGACAGUGCUGUCAUUAAUGGGGGAAGUGAGAUGGGGAUGGGAGACAGAGAACUAUGCUGGCACCAGCUCAGCAACUUCCUACCACUGAAUCCCAGUUUAUUCUGCAGGCCCCACUGCACAGAUCACACCCAUAUUUGCCCAGGACACCCUCCUCUUGGCUCGUCUCUGACCUGCUCACCUCAUAUCCCAGGCUGAAGUGUCUGCCGUGGAUAGGAGCUGCAAAGGCCAUCUGGGGUAUCCACUCCAGACGUUAGUAGAGUUAUGGGGUCCUAAUCUGAGUAUGGUGGCAGCAAUAAUGAAUUUUGAGUGAGGAACAUGGAAACUGAAGACUGUAGAGAUGCAAAGGACUUGGAGACCAUUCUGUCCAGUAAGACACAAAGGGUGGUGGUAAAGUGUGAGAUCUGGGAUGCUGUGAACCCAGGAUUGAGCCCUACUCAGCUGUGAUGAGCUGUGGGACCUUCGGUCUCCACUCCCCCGUCUGUAUAAUGGGAUUGUGACGGUCCCACCUCAUGGAGUUGUGACGAUGGCCUGUGGUAAUGCCUCCAUCAGUCUCGGUGAUUUGUGCCUGUGACCCUGGGCAGCCCGCCCAGCUUCACGAUGCCACCUGGGAUUUAACUUCAGGGCGAAAGUGUGGAACACUGGCCGCCUCCACGUUGCAACUUCUCAACAAGCCAGCUGUCAACACGGUAGUGGCUAAAAGUCAGUCCCAGUUUUCUCAUCGACAUACCUCUAUGCAGAAAGGGAUGCAACCAAGUUUUAAUAUUAGUCCCCGGUCACCCUAGAACUCAAGUAAAUGGCAUUCAUUUUGAACAUUAAAAAAAGGCGGGCUGGGGAGGAUGGGAGGACAGCUAUAAAUGUUUUCCCCAAGAUGGUCCAAGUAAAAAAACGGGCUUCUCUAGGACCAUGCCCCCCCAGUUACAGCUGAGACCACAGAGGAGCAGAGAGGUUAGGAGAGUGUCUUAAGUUUGCACAGAUUAUGAGGGCUGAGCUGGGAGGUGAGCCUCAUUCUUCUGACUCCGAGUCUGGACUUUUUUUGUAUGUGUGUUGCCCUUGUAUGGUUUUAGUAUCAGGGUAAUGUUGGUUUUGUAGAAUGAGUUAGGAAGCCUCCCCUCCCCUUCAAUGUUUUGGAAGAGUUUGAGAAGGAUAGGUAUUAAGUCUUUGAAUGUUUGGUAGAAUUCACCAGGGAAGCCGUCUGGUCCUGGACUUUUAUUUCUUGGGAGGUUUUUGAUUACUGUUUCGAUCUCCUUACUGGUGA